AUGGCUCCACUCAUGUACUUGAGUUUCAGAAAGGUACUUUUGCUUUCUCUUGUUAUUAUGUUCCUCUUUUCUACUCUUCUCCUUUCUGCCUGCUCAGAGCCUCAAUUUGAGAGCUCAUCAGAGUCUCUUGGUACAAGGAAAAUGUUAGAGGUAGAAAAAGUUCAAAACCAGCCUAAGAAAAUCAAGCCUACCAAUUCCCUUUCCUCCAAAAACCAAACCAAGCUUAUCAAGCCCACCUUGUCUUCCUCCAAGAACCAGACCAAGCUGAUCAAAUCUAGCCUAUCCUCUAAAAACCAAACCAAGCUCCUCAAACCCAACCUCUCCUUCAAGAACCAAACCAAGCUUAUCAAAUCCAGUUCCAAUUCCACCAAGACAUCCUCAUCCCCCACCAAGAAUAUUGAGCUCAAAAAGCUCAAUUCCACAUCAAAAUCCUCAAACUCUGUCAAACCCAAUUCAAUUUCUAGUAAGAAAAUCUCAGAUCUAACCAAGCCAAGCACUCCCAAGAACAAAACAACCAAACCCACCACCACCACAAAACAAUCCCAAAACCCACCAAAAACAGAGAAGAAACCCACCCAACAAAAACCCAAAAAGCCAAUUGAGCCCAGCUGGAUUGAUCAAGAAGAUGACACUGAUUUUGUCUCAGAUUUCACUGAUUUGCCUGGAAAAUUCCAGCAAACCUUGAUUCCAGAUUUAGAGAGAAUCUCAACCACUUCAAAGAUUUAUCUCAACAAAGCCAACAAGCAAAUGACAAACCAGUUCAAGCCCAUUGUUGGCAACAAAUAUGCUGCCACAAUUGCCUCCAUAGUCUCCUGUGCCUUCCUCUUGAUCCCUCUGCUCUUAGUCUCUCUCCUCUUCAACCGCAUCAAAGCCUAUUUCUCUCUCCAGAAGCUCUUGAUCUUCAUCCAAGUCUACCUCUCCAUCUACUUCUCCAUCCUCUGCCUCUCCUCCCUCGUAACUGGGCUCGAGCCCCUCAAGUUUUUCUACGCUACUUCGCAGUCCACCUACGUUUGCCUUCAGGUGCUGCAGACGCUCGGCUACGUGCUGUAUCUGUUGCUACUUUUGAUGUAUUUGAUCCUGGUUUUCUCGACGGAUUCUGGGCUGGGCUCGAAAAUGUUGGGCCUGGGCCAGACCUUCGUGGGCUUGUCUGUUGGGCUUCAUUACUAUAUGUCGGUAUUUCAUAGAGCCGUGCUGAGGCAGCCACCCAAAACCAACUGGAAGGUGCAUGGGAUUUACGCCACAUGUUAUCUUGUGAUUUGCCUGUUUGCUACAGUUGAGAGGAGGAAGAAGGCUUACUUGGAAGAGGGGGGUGAAGAGGGCAAGAAGAGCUAA